UCAGACAUUAGAUUCAAAUAUAUGACCCAAUCCUAAACCCUAAAUAUCUAUUUAAGUUGUUCUCAUCUCCGUUCGCAGCUCUACCGCCGGUUCUCUUCAACUGUAACCCUCCUUCUCUUCUCUGUUUACUUUCUGUCAUUUUCGAAGAUCUAAAUGAAUGGUGAAUCUUGAUUCAAUUCUAUAGUAAAUUUUGAUAUAAAAGUCUCCUACCUGGUUCUGGAAUGAUGUGAAUUAGCCAAAUCAGACAUUAUUGUGCUCCAUGACGCAUCCAGCUUUAUUUGUUUCGAUCAUGUUGAAGCGCAUUUCUCUGAUGAUAAACAAAGAGAUUGGUUUUUCUAUUCCUGACCAGAAUCAGUUGCGUUUUUUUGUGUUUACUUGAGAAGUUUCUACUUACCCUCACUAACAUUUGAUAUCUGGUAGCAUUUUGGUUCAUAAUGAGUCUCUUGCUAUAUUAAAUUCUAUCUAAUUUGAAAUGGUUCAAUGUAUACUGAAAUAGAUGAAGUUUUGCAGGUUUGAGUUGUUGAUUUGGGUGACGUCUUCAUUGUCGCAUUAUUCCGCCAUUUAUCUGUGCAAUAUGAUUAUUUUGCUUUACGUUCUCGUUAUCAUCAUUAAAGAGUCCAACUCUUUGCUUUGGAAAUAUGGUUGAGGACAACAAUUUGAAAGUUGGAGAAGAGCUAUGGAGAGAAACUCUGCCGUUAUAAGGUGGCUCUUGCUUUUAUCAACUACAAGGUCUGAAACCUAAAAUGUGGUAUGAAGUGAAGAUACCCGCUAGCUUUUCGUUACAAUUGAAGAGAAACAAAUCAGAUGUUGUGCUGAACAAUAGUAGGAGAUUGCUCAACACUGAAAAGCUAAUUUUUAAAACCCAUAGUGAUCAGGAUGAAGCUCAUUUAGUAUUAGUAACUGUGGAGCCCGAGGGGUUCCCUGCAAAACAGCAUGUACCCGAGAGGAAAUUUAUUAUUUUUAACAUAGUAUGCGAUGAACUACUGUUGGGUAUACCCUACAAAGCUUGAUGGGUUGUGGCGCUGGCAUUACUGUGUCUAGGAAUUGCAUUCUCUGUUCCUUGUUUUCUUCCAUUGUAUUUGCUACCAAAGAACCAACCUCUACUAUCAGACCGUGUUUCGAAAACUUCUUGACAAGCUUCCCAAGAUGAUAUAGUUUACUGUAUGAGUGUCUAUCCAAAUGCUGAGGCACACUUCCUGUCAUUGAAAAUAUUAUUUUAGAAUUCAUCUUGUGACCGCUAAUAUUUCAAGAUUUCUAUCAUCUUGUGACCGCUAAUAUUUCAAGAUUUCUAUCAUCUUGGCAAUGCUAUUAUAAAGGUUUUAAAAUAAAAGAUAUGCUAUGCUACCUACCUUAAUAAAAGAAAUUAUAACCACUUAUACCAUACCAUAGCAUUAUAUGAUUUUGAAAUUGUACUCUAUCAUUGCAGGUUGAUAUUUGUGGAUUAAAGUUAUUGUUCAUCCCUCCUUAAAAGGAUUGGCAUGAAUGACAUGCUUGUCUAUGUCAUGGCAGCUGGAGGUAUCUUUGCAGGAUUUAUUACUGGGUGUUAUUAUGAUGGCCCUCAAAAUAAACAUAUACAUUCAUCUUAACUGAUUUUCUUUACUUUGGUUCCUGAAGUCUUGGAUACAAUGCAUGAACCGUAGUUGAAACAAACGUCUAUUGGAUCCAAGAGCACGUCUUCAUUAAAGUUUGGCAUUCAACGAGAGCAGGCGUCUUACUGUACGUGAUCUUCGCCGAGAUCCUAUUUUGGGCUGUAUUAGCAGGGAUGUUGGACCAAUUGGGGCAUAUAUUGAAAGCUUUGAACUUUAAACAUAAUGGCUGUGCAUGCUGUUUUUUAUCUGGUGUGGCGAAAAAGUGUUUGGUGUUUGAGAAAUGAUGAUUCUAAUCUUAUACAUUAAAGUGGUUUUAAAUUCUAUUGCGCUAUGGUAUAAUGGUUGUGGGCAUAUUUUUGAAUUAAGUGGUUUUAAAAUGCUGAGGUAUGGUAUAAGUGAUUUUUAAAUUCAUCUUCUGUGUAAGAAUUAAGUGGCUGUGUCAUUGAAAAUAAAAGAAAAUGGUUUUAAAAUUCAGCUUCUAUUUUUUAAUCAAGUGGUUGUGUCAUUGAAAAUUAUAUUUUAGAAUCCCGCUUCAGACAACUAAAAAUCUAUUGCUAUUGCAAUGGUAUAAGUGAAAAUUUUCCA